AACAGAUGAAAGUCCAGCUAGAAUCGUUUUUGGAAGGGAACUCAGGUUACCCUGCGUUCCGAUGUUUGGAAAUUUUUGAAUACCUGAAGAAGAACGAAAAGAAAUUCGAGAUUAUGCCGACGAAUUAAGACUUCUGGGGAUACAUGAUUUUGCUCGGGAGCAUAUUCAGCUGGCCAGUGACCGAAUGAAGUCAUGAUACGACUUGAAAGCCAAUUCAGCCGGAUUUCAAGAAGGUGAUCUAGUGUGGCUGGUAUAAUCCAGCAAGAAAGAAAGAAGUGCGCAGAAAUUGUCUUCAGCAUGGGAAGGACUCCACAGAAUAAUCAAGAGGAUUAAUGAUUUGUUUUAUCGAGUUCAGCGCAACACCAGGAGUAAGAUGGAAGUUGUACAUUUGGACCGAUUGACGAAAUAUGAUGGGCGCGAAGUUGAUCGAAACGAUCAACCUUGAGAGGAGGGCAGUGUCGCGAGAAUCUGGCGGAAGCGCCAGGGUGUACAGAAUUGGACAGCUGAUUCUAGAUUGUUGCGGUGCUGUUCGGGAAGGAGAGUUAUUGCGUUUAUUCUGGAUUCUGCACGAAUAGAUUGCGGAUAUAUGAAGGCCGGUAUUAGUUAGUAGUUUUAAGUUUAAGAUUGACUGUGAUAUGAUUUAGAUAGUGAUUAUUGUUGAGAGUUGUAAAGAGUUUAGUUGUUUGAGUUAAUUAGUCGAGUAAUUAGUGUCAGAGUGUAUAGUAACGCGGAAUAAAUUAUUGCUAUGUUAAUUGGACUUUGAUUUUGGAAUAAACGGACCCAAGAUUUAUGUCACCCACCCCAGAGCCGUGACAAUAUUGUUCUGAUCUUCCUUUCAUCCAUUUUACUUAUUUUUUUAAUGUUUUCCGGUUUUUAUUUACAACUUACUAUCUCUUUGUAGUGUUUUUCCUAUUUACCGACCUUUGCACACAUAAUAUAAUUGGUCACCAUCUUUCCUUCACGUUAAAGUCCAUCCUCUAGAACAAAAUUUCUAUUCUGGGGUUCAGUAUUGUGUGUUGCCUAUAAUUAAUUCUUAUAUAGCGCUUAUGACCGUGAGCUUUCGUGGGAACUGAAAUAAAUUACACUACGAACAGGUAAGUAUACAGUUAUUUUUAGACUAUUACUAAAGCGGGGCGAUCUAGAUGCAACAAAGCAGAUUUAAUAAACAAACAAUAUCAAUUUAAAUUUUUUUUUAUAAUUUAUGAAUGAACUCAUCGUUGUUAGUAGGAAUGUUUGUUUUUUCAAAAGUUGCGCGGCGUUUGGAUGCUCUUUUAAUUAUGUAUUAUAGUAAAUCAUUCCAAAAAUAAGCUGUGCUUUCGUUCCACCUUUUACCCAAGUAAAUGUUGCAAACAAAAUCUCAAUAAUGGUUUCGUUAAAAUCUAAAGAAAUAUUUUGCUUGAUAUACUCAGGACUGUUGUUUAUCUCUGGCUUGAUACUCAUCGGUUUAGCGUCAUAUUUAUUAUUCAAAAUAUUCUACCAUUAUACAUUUAUUCCUUCCGGAACGGUCGGUCCAUUUUCUGUUAUAUUUAUAUUGGGAAUCGCACAUUUGUUUCUUACAUGGUUGGGAAUUAAAGGACCUACCCGAGAACAUAACUUUCACAUUGUUUUGUUUAUAAUAUUCACAAUAGUAUUAUUGGCCUGCGAAUUCGCUGUAGGAGUCUGGUCGAUUAUUUUAUGGGACGAGGUCGAAGUGGAAUCAAUCGAUUUGAUGGUGUCCUCAUUUGACGAAUUAAUAAAGCUGAAUUACUACAGGAAAGAUUGGAACAAAUUACAAAGUCAAUUGCACUGUUGUGGCAUAAACGGCGUGGACGACUACAGGAACAAAACAGAUUCAUACCCCACAUCAUGUUUUUCAAAUACCUCUAUGUCGUCUGUUUUUCUCGAAAAAAUCGAAGGAUGCAAACUUCCACUAAUCAGAUACGUGAAGCGGAUCCUGAUUGAUGGAGUCAUAAUAGGAUUUUUAUGUGCAGUUUUCCAGGCAUUGGGAGUGUUCGCAUUCCACAGCUUUUUCAAAACGUUGAGGGAAGACAGGUCAGAAAGGAUAGCCAGACGAAUAGCAUUGCAACGAGAAAUGUCGAAUGCCAAUGCUGCACAGCAACAAACGCAAACUGCUGUAACAACUGCACCGCCUUCUAGCACUAGCAAUUCUGUAAAUGCUUCUACCCGAGACGCUCCAAAGAGCCUUUCAAAUUCACCUACUACUCCCUCAUGAGUACCGCGUACCACUAUCCAGCCUAGGUGAACAUAAUGCGUACUGUACAGUGGGAGUGGGAAUAAAGGACAAAACUAGAGAUGUAAACUUUUAUUUCUUAAGACCGCGUUUUAUUGGAAACCUCAUCUUUUUUAAGCCCCAAAACUAUUGUAGGAGUCCUUGUUUGGUUUAAAUCAUGUGUUACUAUUUGGGGCAUUUGGUAAAUCCAAUUGUCCAUAAAAAAAAAAGAUCAGUAGUUUUGUCCUUCAUUCCCGCUACUCCAACUGUACAUUUUGAGAUUUGGUCAUUAAUUUCAUAAAAAUUUUACCUACUUUUUUCAACAACCACAGAAUAGAUCUGAUAACGUGCCUUAUUAUUGGAUGUGAUAAUUCCUCAAUUUCUAUAAAAUCAACAGUUACUCAAGAUUAAGUUGAUUUUUGUGUUUAUUCACAAGAACAAAUAAUGAUAGGUCUACUCUAUUUUUUAUACUUACUUCUUUGGCAAAAUUCUGGAAAACCUUAUAAUAGGAGCGAAAAUUUCGAAAAAGCUGGUCUUUUUAACAGUGAUCUUUUGACGGCACUUCACUUGUUUCCAUAAGCUUUGAUUUGAAUGAUUAAUUAAGUAGGUCUAUAUACCUACGACCACAAAUUGAGUACCAUACUAGAGAAACAGGCCAAGCAAAAUUGACUCUUUGACAUCUCACAUGACAGGCUGGCGAUAAUUUAACUUAAAUGUCUUGAAACUAAAAAGAUAUCAAUUUGAAAGAGGUUUUUAUACUUAUCCAUUUAUUUUUCACAGUAAAUUUUAUGUAGCGUAACCUUAACGCUGCAUGGAAAUACUUCACGAACUAAUAUAUUGGCACAUUCACAUUACAUAAAUUAUAGCACAAAAAUGACAAUUUUGAGUUUGUAGAUCAGGAUAAGAAAAUCAUUAUUAUUUUUUUAUUAUUAUUUUUUUUACUUGUUUUUUAUUUGUUAUAUAUUCUAUAGACAUAAGAUAUUGAUAAUAUUAGUAACUAUAAAUACAUAUUUUUAUGUCGGAAGUAAUGUAGAUUUUUUUGGACUUAUUUUAGUUUACAUUUUAUAACCUAGUUAGCUAGUUUUUUAAGUUUUUAAUAGAAAUAUACUUAAUAAAUACAAAUAUAUUUCGACGAAAAUUGCUGAGCUU